AUGACUUCUGUCGAGACUCGACUCUUCCUAUCUGCAAUCUCCUCUCGGAUAAACACAGCCAGUCCGGACCAUGGGACAAUUCAGACAACUGCCAGUUGA